UAUAAAAACAGGCUUCGAGGAAGUAGUUGCAUAUUCUGCAACAAAAACAGCGUAUUCUUGCGCCAAUGUGCACUGCUGUGCUGCGUGAAAGCGCCUCUCAGUGUCCACAUAAUCGUCAUCAUCGUUUCUAUUGCCAUAAAGUGCCCGUACGAAAAGAAAAUUUAUAAGACUGAAAAAGAGCCAUAGGCAGCAAAAUUAAAUUUUUUUAUAAGUUUACAUAUUUGUAAUACGACGAGACCAAGUGAAACUUGAAUACACUUCACCUGCAUUUGAAGAGUGGAAACGCAACGUUAAAAUAAGAGAAAAUCAAUUGUAUACGUUGAAGAAAAAAAGAAAAUCCAUUCAUUAUUUGGAUAAUCCAUGCAUUCGGUUAUGACUACCAGUGACUACUUUGAACAAAAAAAGUCAGAACGGAAAGAUAAUUGAGUCGCAAAAAGUAGUUGGAAUAAGACGAAAACUGCAAAGCAACUUAGAUAAAACGAAGAAGACGCAACCAGAGGGCGUAAUAAGUAUUUGCAUACGUCUUGCACUGUGAAUGAAAGCCGUAUUAGACGCUGAAAACAAGUGAAUUAUUUUUUCAAUUAAUACAAGUGAAAAAAAUAAUUUUGAUAACAAAAGUUUUCGCAUUUUAAACAAUGCGAAAGGACUUUGUGACUAUUUAAUAAUAAGAAAAAUAUAAAUCGAGAUAAAAAUAACUAAACGAAACGAAACUAAUAAAAAUCAUAUACCACAGAAGCGACAGACAUUGCACAGAUAAGAAUAUUGGAAGUUGAAGCACUGAAAUAUUAAACAAAACAACGAUACAAUGAGUUCUGUUUCGUCAGCGGCGUCUGCGCAGUCAGUCGCCUCGACCACGGGCACAGAUACCACCAAAAGACUACAGAUCACACACGUCGAUGCGUUUGGUCCGUAUUUGCGCAUAUACGGUCAAAUGAAUCCGGACGCAAUGACAGUGGUGCGCAAUAAAAUCCAGCAAUUGCUGCCCACAAGCCUGGCCAUCGAUCCAACUUGGCCGGUGCAGCGACAGCAAGUACCACUACGUAUUGGCACCAUGUGCCUGUAUAAGAGCACUAAAGGUGCCGUACCGGCCGGCUCAGAGUUUAUGCGCGUACGCAUUCUGGAUGUUAUUAGUACCAUCACUCAAGGACAAAAACCGCUCGUCCAGGUUGAAGUGGAGUUCAUCGACUACGGCGGAAAGGCCCUGGUAGCCAGUUAUGAGCUCCUCUUCCCUCAGCAGCAGCAGGAUGCCUUGUCAUCCAUGCCCACAAUAUGCGCUCCAUACAUCCUAUUGGGCAUUUGCAAAGACUUCAAAGCAGCAGACCUGGAGGAAAUUACACGUAUAAUCAAUCGUCAAACACUAGAAAUAUCCAUUGAAUUUGAAUUUAAGCAGUACAAAUUCAUUACUAUGAAAUGGAAGGAAUUCAAUUUUGCUGAGUUUUUAAUACAUCAAAAGAAAAUAGGCGCUCCAAUCGCAAACGAAUUGCUACGUGAUAAUUUUGCCAAGUUUUUUAAGCAACAAGCACAGAAGGAGCAACAACAAACGCAACAGCUAAAAUCGGCAUUACCAGCCCAGCAACCAAAAACUCACCAUUUAACAGCGUCACAGCAACAGCAACAGCUACAGAAGCAAGCAAUGCAAAUGUAUAACGCUGCCGGCGGCAAUAUUAACAAUAACAAUUAUUAUGCCAUUAAUCAUAACAAUAAUGUAUCACCUAUUAGUGGUAUAUACCCUGCUAUGGGCCGUUCUCUCUCAUCGCGCUUACAACAAUAUCAGUUGCAGCAACAACAACUGCCAGCUCAUUUGGCCAUGUCGCCUCAUAUUGUGAUGAAUUUGCAACGUCCCAUACAGCCACGCAUGCCACACACCAUCGGUAAUCUGCGUUCGCUUUAUGUGCCUUAUACUGCUCCAAACUAUCAGCAGCAAAAUGCUUAUGAUGGCUUUUCACCAAAAGUUAUGGUACCACAACCGGUCGCCAGUCAAAUGUCUAGCGUUUCAUAUGCUAAUUCAUACAAUGCCCGUUACCAGCGUCCACAACCACAACAUCAGCCAAAAGACGUUACUACUAGUCCAGAGAAUGAGAAACAAUCGCUAAAAACUUCACCACGUCGUGCUACCACUGCCACUUUUAAGACCAACAACCUGACGGUUGGGAAAACUUAUGACGUUUAUGUUAGCUUUGUGGAGAAUGGGCCCUGCUUAUUUUCGGUACAGUUAGCUGUGGCACAAAAUGACUUAACUGAAAUGAUGAAUCGGAUUGAACGCGUGCAGUUAAAGCAAUUCUCUGAUAAACCAACUCUGGGCACAGCUUGUAUUGCACGUUAUUCAGAGGAUGGUCAGUUGUAUCGCGCACUGAUUACUGGCGUUCAAACAACGGCUUGCAAAGUGGUUUAUAUCGAUUAUGGUAAUGCUGAACUUGUCAAAUAUAAAGACUUAUACGAAAUACCUGAUGAGUUUCUUGAGGCGAAAGCGUUCGCCAUCCGUUUUACACUCUCCGGCCACAAAGAACUUGAGCCAAUUGAUGAAAGUUUGAAGAAGGCAUUUAAAGAUCUAAUGAUGUAUAAGAAUUGUCGUUUGAAAGUGAUGCCAUUAGAGGGGCCGCCGCUGGUGCAAUACUGCGAGUUAUAUUUACAGCAAAACAACGUUCUUGAUAUGUUGAAAGAAAUUCAGAAGUGCCGUCUGGUAUAUCCAAAGUCGGAAAAUUUAAAUAAUAACGACAUUGUUGAGAUUCGCUAUAUCGAUUCACCGAAGCAUUUUUAUGUGCAAAAGGCUGAUAACAUCUCAAAGUUCGAACACCUUAUGGACGAUAUGUACUUGUAUUAUAAUAAGAAUCAAGUUGUACCGAAUCAUUUGGCACUUGGCGCGCCUUGCAUAGUGAAAUAUGACAAUGAAUGGUAUCGUGCUGAAGUGAUGCGUGCCGACUCGACUGCCAUAAUUGUGCGCCAUGUUGAUUUCGGUUACGAACAAAAAGUCACCAAAAAUUUGCUCAGCAUCAUAGCUGAAAAACACCUGAAACUGCCACGCCAGGCGGUACAGUGUUGCCUAAAAGGUUUCGAAAAUAACGAACUUAGCAAAGACUUGGCCACCAAUCAAUUUGAAAUGCUCGCCGAGGAGUCGAAUCGCCAACGACGUUCGUUCACGGUCAAAGUCUUCCGCAUACAACCAGACGGAGUACAUUUGGUCAACCUCUGCACUAAAGACUUGAAUGUAAUGAAAAAGCUUUACAAACUUUCGAUGCCCUUCGAGCAGUACUUAACAUUGGAGAAAGAAGAAUUUAAUGUGCACUCUCAUAAUGGGCAUCAGAAUAGACACGCGGGCGGGCAUGAUAAUGGUAACAAAACACCAUCGAUUGCUUCUUCAAAUGAUUUAUCAUCGCUGCAAUCGAAUAAGAAAACUGCACAAUUACUUAAUUCCACUCCUCUUCAAAAUGAUGAACAUAUGCCGCAGAAGCCUCAGCAACAGCAGCAGACACGAAAGGCAAAUUCACGUACCUCCAAUAAUAAGGUCAACACCGCUUCUAGUAGUGCUCCGACCAGCAGUAUCCAGGGUACACUUUCGGUGGAAUGGGAUAAACAAAGUUCGACCAGUUCAAUGGAUAAUCGAGAUUCACGUUCGAGCUCAAGCGAUCUGAAACAGAAUAAACGCCAGCAACAACGACAAGGAUCGAAUGCACAACAAUCGCCAACAUCGCAAAACUGCUUGAAUGUUAGUAAUACUGGCAGUGGUGGCGACAGGCGUAGUGUGGGCAGUGGCGCUAGCAGCGUCGCAAGUUAUAAUCACAAACCGCGCGGUGGCGGUCAUCAAAUACCGCCACGUUUUCAAAACGAAAAUCGUCGGCAGAAAAAGGAGCAUCAGGCCGCAGCAAUACCACAACGUCAACAACGUCCACAAAAUGCGCCACAAGGCUAUUCACAGCAACGCAACAAGACUGACACUAAUGCUUCCACCACUUCGUCACAACGUUCCAACGAUGUAGUCUCCGAAGUGGCCAGCAUUGCAAGUGAACCUUUAAUAACACAAUUGCCGGAAGAAUAUAUGCCGCUGAAUCAAGCAUUCCCUGUACAACAUUUGGACACACCAUCGCGUGAAGAAGUGAUCAUUUGCUGGUGGAUCUCACCACAUCAAUUCUACACACAUCUCAAGUCACGUCUUCCCGAAUUCGAGCGUUUGAUGCGUGACAUACAGUUGUUCUAUAAGAAGAAGUCUCUCCAGCAAUUGCAAUUAAAAGUUGGUUCCUAUGUCAUAGCGCGAUAUCGCAAGGAAAAUCUACUCUACCGCGCGCGCAUAUUGGCUUGCAAUCAGAUGUUACGCAAGUACAAGGUGCACUUUGUGGAUUUCGGCAAUCAAUACACCGUCACCUCCGAGGAUAUUUGGCAAGUGGAGAAACGUUUCGCUACUUUGCCUGUCAUGGCACAUCUAUGUAGCUUCAGUGGCAUAGUCUCGAAUUAUGAUCACCUCUACAUAAUCGAUCGCAUGGAAAAGUAUUUGCCCGCAGGUGCAACACUUAGUUGUGAAUACAUUGAGCGCGAGGAGGAAAUGUACUAUGUCAAUGUCAAACUAAACGGCGUAUCACUUAAGGAGACCUUGAAGAAGGAGGGUAUCAUUACCGAAGUAGCACCUGAAUUGCGCCUAAGCUUAUUAGCUGGACAACAAAUACGCGUGAAAAUAUCGUUUGUAAAAGAUAUGCUAAACUUUAAAAUUCACGUUAAUGGCAUGCGCGAUGAAGUGCAAUUACUCUGCUGCUAUGACGAUGUACGCUAUGUAAAAUCGAAUCCUGAUGUAGCUGUGAAAUUCAAACAAUUCUACGAAGGCAAAUCGUGUGUGGUCAAUAUAAAGGAUGUCAAUGACAACAAAGUCAUUCUUCUACGCCCACUUGUGCCAUUGUUAAAGGAUGAUGUGGCAACAUUUAUUUGUCCGCAGCCUGUUAUUUUGGAGCAUUUCGAGGCUCGUGUGGUUCAUGUGGUCAAUGCUUAUCGUGUAUUUGUCCAUGCAAUCGCCGCAGAAGAAAAAAUUGUUGAACUACUGAACGAAAUGUAUGAAUAUUACGAAAAUAACGAUACUCCAUUGGUUGCAUAUGAGCCGGAAAAGAUUUGCGCAGCAUUGGGCAGCGAUGGCAAUUGGUAUCGCGGGCGCAUCACUCCAAAUAGCACAAAAGAUGCAAUUGAGGUGCGCUACAUAGACUAUGGAAACACGGAAAUAUUAGAUGCAAACAAAUUGAAAAAACUGGAGGAAAAAUUCUAUAUGAAUUGUAGUUCAUUUGCAAUUGAAUUGAAUCUCCCAGUGCGCACAUUGGCAGCCGAUGCGCAGAAUAAAAGUUCGAAAUCGAAGAAAAUCACAAAUACGUCGACCGAUAAAGACGCUGGUGCGAUGGAAAAAUUAAAGCAGCUCACAUUAGUAGGUGAGCCAGUGUUGGAUGUAAAAGCUUUGGAAGUACAACACAACCAUCUGAUUGCUGAGCUCACUUUGUGUAGUGGCGAGAAUGUGGUGGACGUUUUACUGCAAUCGCAACUGAUAAAGUCGCGUGAUGUGGACUUCAUGCGUAAGCAGUUGGAAAAAGACAAGACAAAUAUAUAUGAGUAUAUUGAGUUGGUGGACUUGACGCUAGAAGAGGAAGACGAGAUCGAAAAGAAAACGCCAAAUAAGAACAAGAACUCAUCCACACCAAAAAAGAAGAAGCAAGCGAAGACAGAGGAAAAGCUGGAUAAAACACCAAUACAGAUUACGAAAACGGAAAACACAACAAAGGAAACAAAAGAAAUUGAUAAGCAACUUGAGGUCGCAAUUCCCAAUAUAAUAACUGAAACGCCCCAACAAACACAGGCUCAGCCACAGCAAACUGCAUCGGAAAUAGUUACUACAGCAGCGCCGCCAUCGCCACCAUCGCCUGUGCCAUAUCCCACGCCAACAUCCCCAACCACAGCGUCCGAGCCGCAAUCGGUAGCUGAGUCAGAAACUGAUUCCGUUGAUCCCUACGCUGAUAUGGAACAUGCUGUACUAAGCCACUGCGAUAAUCCCGGACAGUUCUUCGUACAUCCAUACGAUAAGCUGGAUGAAUUGCGCAAGUUACAAGAGAAUUUGCAAAUCGUCGCGAGCUCUUUGCCGAAGCUGACGACCGCUGUCAAUGGUGCUCAUUGCGUUUCGUGGUACUCCGUGGACAAGCAGUGGUAUCGCGCAAAAAUCCUUGAUGCUGAAUUAAUGGUAUUGCAAUUUAUCGAUUUUGGUAAUACGGAUUGCGUAUCCGACGCAAGCGAUUUGAAAGAAAUGAGCAUCUUUCCCGACAUCAAACCGCUUUGCAUGCCGUGCUCUUUGCCGAUCAAACCCAACGGCACUGCCGACUGGGUGGAUGCAGCCAAUGCGAUCUUCAAUGAUUCGUACAGUAAAUUGCUGAAUUUCGAAUAUAUCACACGCGGUGAUAUAUAUAAGCGCAGCUUUAUAAACUUACACAUCGAUGGAGUCAACAUCGCCGAUCGCCUAGUUGAAGAUGGUUUCGCCAAACACUUAGGACUGGUCGAUUCGGGAGAAAAUUGUUACAUUUCACAUGCGAAUAAUAUAAUGGACUUUUAUAUACAAUACGAAAAAGACUCGAAAGCGCUGGAAUUGAUCGAGAUGUAUUUGGCUGAAAAUGAGAAACUAAAUAAACUUGAGAAAUUCGAAUAUGGGAAAAUAGUCGCUGCCCUCUUCCCCGAUGAUGAAAUGUGGUACCGUGCUAAACUGUUGAAGCAGGUGCCAAAUCUGGGUUACGAAGUACUGUUUAUUGAUUAUGGCAACACAUCCAUAAGUCCGGAAUGCCGGCAGAUCUCUGAAGAAAUCGCAAAAUUGCCACCCUUAUCGAAGAAAUGUGCGCUACAGCUGCCUGAGCAUUGCCUGGCCUGGUCUGAUGCUGCAGAGGAGAAAUUUUGUGAGAUAACCGCGCAAGGCGAAACCAUUUUUACCGUGGAAUUGCGUGAGCCAGCUGCCGAUCAUGCAUUGGUGCACUUGUUUAUUGAUGGGCACAACAUAAAUAACGAUCUAGAACCUUUAUGCGAGCACAAGCCCCUUGAACCUGAACUAAAUCUUAGCUUCAACACGACCAUACAAUCAUCGAUUUUUGAAAUUGGCAAAGUGUACGAUGCGAUUAUUUCGCAUGCGAAUUCACCAACAGACUUCUAUGUGCAAUUUAGUAAGGAUUCAAUUCGUCUGGAUGAUAUGACCACCAGCUUGAAUGCGCUGGGCAUGGAUGUGCUAAAGGACCCACAGAUUGGGCAACUAUGCGCCACAGUUUAUAGCGAAGAUAAUGCGCUUUAUCGUGCACGUAUAUUGGAACUCGUCGAAGAGCCUGCUGAAACGCCACAAUAUCGCGUUAUAUUUGUUGAUUUUGGCAACGAAGCCAUUACGGAUGAUGUACGUGUCUUGCCGCACGAUCUACAAGCACUGCAGGAAUUCUCCCAACACUGUCAAUUGGCUGGCAUCGCAGAUGAGAUCGGUGAAAAUAAAGCUCAAGUAGCUAUCGAAGCCUUCGCCCAGCUGGUGGAAGAGUGUGAGGGUUUAGUGAAGAUAGAGUUUGUAGAAAGCAGGGAAGAUACUACGCUUGACCAAGUUAAGCUAUACACUGCCAGCGGUGGAGAAGAUCUGGGCGAAAGACUGCUCGCGCUUAUAGCAAGCAUCAGUGCAAAUGCCACGGUGGUAGUGACAAAGCCACAAAUAGCAGACAACACUUGUGUCAUAUCACAUGGGGUUUCACCAACACAUUUUUACAUACAACCAAAAAUCAAUUCAUUGCAUAUGGAACUAGUGACAAAAUCUCUAACGCUAUCCGAUGCUAAUCAGCUACCUUUGCUCAGUAAUGAUAGCCCAGUAGAUUGCGUUUGCAGCGCUUACUGUGCCGAGGAUGACUGUUACUAUCGCGGGAGAGUGCUAAAGGAGCUAGCCGCGGAUGAUGGAUACGAGAUAUUCCUCAUCGACUAUGGCAAUAUCAUAAAUACCAAGGUUAUACGUGAGGUACCAGCUGCAUUGUCUGCCGUACCAGCGCUGGCAUGGAAGUGCAAACUAAAUGUAAUACCUGAGGCGCCAGAAAAACUGAUAAACGCGUGCUUUGCCACGCUCUUGGAGGCACAUUUUGGAGAAAUCUACGAAAUCGAGUCAGAUGAUAUUGUAACGGACGGUAGUGAGCGCGUACAUAUUGUCAAAUUGCAAGCGAACUAUAAGGAUCUGGCUGAGGAAUUGGCCGAGGCAGUAGCGAAGGGCGAUGCCGAGAAAGCGGCAGCUGCUUUAUCGCCAGUGCCCACUCUGCAUAACUGCACCAUAAUACAUGUCAACUCGCCUACAUCAUUUUACAUACAGUUGGCCGAGGAUGUGCCUGCCGUAGAGAAAAUCACAGAUAUUCUAUUAGAUGCGCAAACUGACUUCCAACAAUUCACCGACUUGCAUGUCGGAGCACUGUGCGCCGCACAGUUCCCCGACGAUAUGGCAUAUUAUCGUGCAGAAAUCGUACAACUAUUGGAUGAGGGCAAAUGUGAGGUGCAUUACCUGGACUUUGGCAACAAUGCAGUGACCGAUCAAUUCCGAGUGCUGCCCGACAAUAUGCUGCAUACCGAAGCCUAUAGCAAACACUGCGCAUUGGAUUUUAACUUCGCGGGCAAUAUGGACGUAUGCGCUACUUUCACCCAACUCAUUGAUUCGCGCUUUUCCGAAACAUUCCAGGUUGAAUUUCUGAAGACCACGGUGGAGCCGAAAAUUUGUCGACUAUUCUAUCAGGACAAAAAUGUGGCUAAUGAAGUGCUGCAGCUGGUGAAAAUCGGUGCUGGUAGUGGACUGCCAAAUGGAGACUACGCUGGUCGGGGGGACAACGACGUGUGGAAUAGUGAUAAGAAAAAUGCGACUGAAGUAGUCGGUGCUGGCGAUGGUGCAGCGACUGCGCAGUAAAGUGUGUCGCAAAUAUAAUUUAUUUGUACGCAUUAAUUCUUCAGCAGCGUUGAGCAACUGCAAGACUUACCAGCGAACAAGAGUGAGAUAAACCGAUACUGAUUUGUUUGUAGCAGUGAUUGAUGACUUGUGAGCCAACCACAAGCAUUAACGAAUACUGGCCGUUGUGGGUUACGGUGUGGUGCACCAUGAAGGGAAAAGUGGAAAAUGGGCAAGAGAGCAUAUGAACAUUUAUGUGAUAUACAUAUAUAUUUUUGUUUUGUUAGAACUGAACGCCGUCAAUGAGUGGAGCAAAAACCAGUAACGGUCAACUUCUGAAUUUAUAAUUCUAAAUGUAUAAAGGAGGGCUAAAGCCUGUUUUUGGAUAUUCUAACGAUGUUUUUAUGAAACCAGUUGAAGCAGCAGGGGGAACCAUUAAAUUAUUUUUUUUUCGAUAAUGAAACGAAGCAUUGCAAACGAUAAAGUUUAACUGAAAAUUCAAGAACGUGAAAUAAUUCAUUUUAGGUGCAACCGUUUUGGUAUAAAGAAUAUUUUUUUACGUUUAUAAAAUGGCGGUGAGAAGUUAAAAAUCAAGUUUCUUAGUUGGAAGGGUCUGCCCGAAAGUGUAAAUCUAAAAAGGCUUGAUAAUGUGCUAAAGUAAACUGCUUGAGGGGAAUUAGAUAAUGCAGAUCUCAAGCCAGGAAAAGUAAAACGCUAAUGACUUUGAGGCGAAUAUAAUCUCGAAAAUUAAAAAAAAAGUAAAAUAAUUAUAAAAAAUAAACAAAAAAAUCGAGUCUAACAAACAUAAGUAUACUAUAUAAUGAAUGCAUUAAACACACCUACACGAACAUAAUAAAAUACUUACAAACAAAAAAAAAAUGAUAAAAAAAAUAAAAAUAAUUUGCUCAAUCUAUAUACGAAAUUCCUAAACACACACACACAUAUAUAUACUGUAAUCCAAAAAAAGCUGGAGAAAAGUAAAAUUUUGCUCAGCGAAAAAAAAAACGAAAUCGUUGCAAUAACUGUAUCGCUUAGCGAAACUGAUUUUUGCAAUCUAAAAGCAGCGAGCAAAUCAUAUUGUUUUAAAUGAAUUCUUAAAAAUAUCACAGCGCGUCCAUUUAUGUGUUUGGUUAUUUAAAAUUGGUGGGGAAGCAGGAAAUGCCCUCUUACUGCAAUUUUACUUUAUUUUACACGGCUCUAAUGUCCACGUGGCUGCUUGUUUAUGAUUUUUUUUUUAAAUGAAUUGUUUUCUUAUUUUUAUUAGUUCUUUGACUUUGAGAAAUUGAAUUAUUUAUUUAAAUUAAUAUAGUUAGAAAAGAAGUGUAACUGAACGAUUUAUUACUUUAUGUAGCCUGAAUAAUACCGUUUCAAAAACAAAAAAAAAAAAAAAUACAUAUAUGAUUUUUUAUGUCAGUAAAGACAGUUCACCAUUUUUAUACUUCAUACUUUAAAUAUAUUUGGUUUUAUUAUAACGCUUGCGUGACUUUAAAUUAUAAUAAAAUCAUAUGGUAUACAAACUCAGCGAAAAAAUUCAAGAUAUGAGGAAAAAAUAAAUAAAAAAUUUAAAAGGCAAUAAAAAAAAUAAAAAAUUCAAAAGGCAAUAAAAAAAUAAAAAAGAUCAUACUAAAAACGAUGAAA